CGGGAGGUCAGUAUUGCGUCAGCCGCCGCACAGAGCGCACGUGUCACUCUACGUCGACGACCACACACCAAAAUGUUGUUCACUAAGGCGCAGACAAUUAGAUUAAUAGACGCCUACCACGAAAACGAAGUUCUUUGGAAUACGAAACACCCACAAUACCGAAGUAAAAAUGAACGUGAGGCAGCAUUCCAAAAAAUUAUUGAAGCAGUUGGGAUUCCUGAUCUCACAAUCUCUGGAGUGGCGAUAAAAAUUCAAAGAAUAAGAUCACUGUACUGUGCUGCGGUAAAAAAACAGGUUUACUACAACGUCCCGCCAACUAUGUAUUGGUUUAAAAUGGCAGAUUCGUUUUUACGUGAUGUCUACAAUUUGUACAAGAUGCCCCAAAAUAUGCAGGAUGAAAUAAAGAAUUACCAGAAGAAUAAAAUAAAAUGUGGAAAUUGGAAAACAACAAGAGUUCUACCAAUCAUAUUGGAAUACAAAAAGCAUCCCUGUCUUUGGAAUACUUUGCAUGCAGAUUAUGGAAAACGAGACAAGUAUUAUGAAGCUUUGCUGAAAAUUAAAAAAAGUUUAUUUAUUUGCAAAACUGCAGGAGGGCCAAAUAUCUCGGUUUUAGAUAUAGAAAAAAAGAUUAAAUAUAUCAGAAGAGUAUAUAGUGCAGAACGAGCCAAACUACUGUUUGAAAAUGAAAAACCUUGUAAGUACUGGUACGACAUGGUGGACUCAUUUAUGCAGAAAUUUACCGACGCUUAUUUACUCAGGAAUAUGAAAGUUGAGGACCUACCCAAACUUAAUGCUAACCGUGAAACAAAAGAGAUGCUCCUCAAAAGGCUACAAGUGCCUACGACGCCAAAACCUAUCGUAACGAAGACGUACACGCGAAGUAAGAAACCUAUUGCAGGGCCCAGUAGACCUGCCCCUGUGCAGAGUUGUACAACGAAUGAAUUCAAAAUGUAUGGUCAACUACUAGCAGAACAGUUAAGGACGAUGCCACUGAGUGAUGCCUUGAAAUUACAAGAAGAAAUGCAAGCCUUGAUUAAUAAAACGAGGCUGUCUCUCAAUCGACCCGAGGAACAGCCUGCACCGUCUACUUCUGAUGCUUUUGAACUGCAAUCUGUUAUCAAGAAAGAACGCAUAAAAAUAGAAUAUGAAGAUAACGAUUUUUAUUAAUAAAAUUACCUAAAUAAUA